AUGGCUUCAGCAAAUCGUUGUUCGGUAUGUAAAACCCGUGCAGGGACCUGUUUUUGCCCAGGAUGCAAAGCCUAUUUUUGUGAUGAUGACUUUCAAAAUCAUCGUGCAUCACUAUUCGAUGAAUUAAGCGUGCUCACAUCAGAUCGGAAUGAUCUUCAUGCACAAAUAAAUGAAGUUAGUUCAAACAUGCAGACCGAUAAACAACUGGCAAAAGUUGAUGAAUGGCAGCGAACGACUAUUGAGAAGGUAAAACAAGCUGCUGAAUCGGCUAGACAACAGAUCAUGAAAAUCAAGAAUUCCAAACAUGAAGAAAUUGCAAAAUCAUUUCUAGCGUUGUCUCAAGAAUUAGAUGAAUUAAGAGAGACAAAGGGUAUCGUUGAACAGGAUAUAGUCCGAUUAAAUCAAGCAGCUCGUAAACUUAGCGAAGACUUGAAAAAGUGUGCACAAUCAUCGGAAAUUGAAUUAAAUGUAAAGCAAAGUGACGAAAUUGAUUGGAACCGUAUGAUAUAUGUUGAGAAGAACUUGGCAUUUGCAGAUAAUCAAUCGCAAAUGAACGAUAAACAACGACUAUCUGGAUGCACUUCCCCGACAAAACUUUCAUGUGAUGGACAUGUUUGUAUGAGAUGUUUCAUUCGUUCAUAUUUAAUGCAACAUUUUUUAAACUAA